AAUUAUACAGUAAACAGCGGCCAUUGGUAGAGUUUGUUGGGUCAUAUUACUGAGAACUGUUAAAUUACCACUACUCGUCCUGAGGUUCCAAGGAUGGCCCUGUCGUCAGCGACAUUUCUAGCGGGCCUUGUGCUCCUGCUGGUGGUACGACACCCGGCUCUCUCCUCCUCCGUCCCUAGCCAAGGGCAAGGUGUCUCUUCGUCUGAAGAGGUCUUUGCCCGGAAUUGCCUCGAACUUCUGCAUCAGGGAGUCACCCUCAGUGGUGUCUACACGAUCCACCCUUACGACAGCUUCCCUGAGCAUCCCGUGCAGGUAUUAUGCGACAUGGACACCAUGGGAGGUGGUUGGACUGUCAUCCAGAGAAGGGACGACAUCCAACCAAGGAAGGACUUCUACCUCACUUGGAUGGAGUACGCCCUGGGCUUUGGGAACCUCAGCGGGGAAUUCUGGCUGGGCCUGGACCACAUCCACGCGCUGACGGACCAAGCCUAUAACGAGCUCUUGUUCAACUUGCACGACUUCGAGGGCGAAGAACGUCACGCCCUCUACAACUUCUUCUACGUAUACGACAGGAACUCGGAUUACCUGAUGGAGGUCAACGGGUACUCGGGCGAUGCCGGGGACUCUUUCGCGUAUCAUAACGGGCAUUACUUCUCGACCAAAGACAGAGAUCUUGAUAAUAGUACCAAGGAUGAUUGUGCUGAGAGGUACUCAGGCGCUUGGUGGUACAACGCAUGUCAUCACUGCAAUUUGAAUGGCCUUUAUCUCUCCGGACAACACGAGUCCUACGCCGACGGUAUUGAAUGGAGUUCUUGGCAUGGUAACUAUUAUUCCCUCAAGAAAACGGAAAUGAAGAUCAGGCCGGCGUAUGACCAUUAGGGUGGACUAAUAAGUCAAUGUCUCGGAAGUCAUUGACAGGUAUAAGACGUUCGGUUGUUUACAAAGGCUAUAGUAGAUUCACAUCAACCGUGCAUUUGAUGUCUAGGCCAGUCCCUUAUGAUGCUCCUGAUUGGCUGUUGAUAAGCCAGUCACAGGGCUGGAAACUCUCAGUCUCUCUCGAGAGUUCACAUAGGCAGGAUGUAUGUUCCCCCUCUCCUGAAAGACGUAUCCUUCAGGAGAGGUGGAACAUAGAUCCUACCCAUGUGAACUCUCUCUCUCUCUCGAGAGAGAGAACUUCCAGCCCUGUCAUUGGCUUAUCAACAGCCAAUCAGGAGCGUCGUAAGGGACUGGCUUAGACAUCAAAUGCACGGUUGGUGUGAAUCUCCUAUAGUAGUAGACCUAGGUUUAUAACGUCACGAAUCGAUGAAACAAACGAAUACAAAAAUGACUUUUUUUUUUUUUUUUUUUUUUUUAAUUCUUAUCGUUCUAGGCUGAAAUAAAUAUCUUGGAAGCGUA